GAAUUGUGCUGAAAAUGUUAGCUUUCAUGUGUAUUUAAAUCUUUAUCUUUAACAUACAGAUAGAGUUGCACAUACAGUAUUGGAUUCACGUAAUUUAAUGGGUAAUAUAAUUCUGGGGAAAAAUCUUGUUCACCCCCAAAUGUACUAAUUGAAUAAACUGAUUGAGUUCCUAAGUGUUGCUAAAUUCAGAAGCUGAAAUAUUGAUAUACGUCUUUGAUUUUUUAUUUUUUUUUUUUAAUACUCUUUGAUCCUAUAUGUAAUGUCACAAAAGUGACAGGUGCCCUAAGAAAUUGUAGUAGUGCAGUGUGGAAUUCAAAGCAAGAGUCUUACCAGUUUGCUAAUUACAGUGAAGGAGAACAGAAGUAUACCUGUAACUUAAGCUGGUCUACUCAGUCAUACUCAAAAGAAGAUAAGCAUGCCUGAUGCAGACAGAAGAGAUAUACAAGAGAAGCAACUUUUGAACCACAUGGCUGACAAGGAGCAAAGACCGUUACCUGGGAGAAGCAACCAUGAUGAAAACCUGUCUCAAUCUGAGAAGAAAUUCCAAGAGGCUAUUUGUGUGCUGCUGGUGGAGCUGUGUGAGAGAUUCACGUUCUUUGGCAUCGUCUGCAACAUGAUCCUCUUCUGCACUGUCAGACUUGGCUAUCGCAACUACCAGGCAGCUAUUGUCAAUAUGUGCUUUGUAGGCACCUCCAUGUUGACACCAGUACUGGUUGGCUGGCUUGCCGAAUGCCUGGUGGGGAGGAUCAAACUUGUGUGCGUCUGCAUGUUUCUACACUUCCUAGGCACAGCGCUAUUACCUGUUGUGGCAUUCCCCUUUGAAGACAUUUACAUUGACAGACGACAUAUUCUUCAUAUGCUAACCAAAAGGGAGCAGAAAAUUGUAUUCUACUUUGCACUACUCACAGCUAGUCUGGGAAUAGGAGGCAUAAGAGCUAUAGUUUGUCCAUUAAGUGCAUACAACCUUGAGGACUGUGGACCAAAGGAACUGUUUUCUUUUUUCAACUGGUUUAAUUGGCUGGUUAAUUUAAAUUCAGCAGUUGUCUUUGUCAGCAUUUCUUAUAUCCAGAAGUCUGUGGCCAGGAACCUUGGUUUUCUUAUCCCAUUUGUGUCCGUGCUUAUGGCUAUGAUCACAAUUCACAUGGUGCGGGGUGAAAUGAUUUACAAACCCAAAACAGACAGUUCCCUGCUGACGACUUUUGGGGUAAUUGCUAGCGCACUGAAAAAAACAUGCUGCAUGCGAUAUCGCUACUUUAGCGGAAGUGUGACAAACUGGCUAGAUCAUGCCAAGGAAAACUAUGGUGGUCAGUACAGUGAGACUCAGGUGGAAAGCACAAAGUUGCUCUCCAGGCUCUUCCCAUUGUUUGCUUUCCAAAUUCUAUACAGAACAUGUAUUAUGCAGAUUCCUUCAGGAUAUUAUCUCCAAACCAUGAAUUCCAACUUGCAUUUCAGUGGAUUUGUCUUGCCAGUUGCAGCAAUGAAUGUGAUAAGCAUCGUGCCACUACUGAUUCUUGUUCCUAUUUUGGAACAAAUUAACUCGUGUCUCUUUAAUGCCAAGGACACUGGACAUUCUCCAACAAUUUACAUUGUUGUAGGUCAGUUAUCUGCUGCACUUUCUGUGAUGGUUGCUGGCUUCUCUGAAAUACACCGAAAGCAUUUCCCUCAGGUGGAGCAGACACUUUCCGAGGAGGUUCUCCUGGUCUCCUCCAUGCCUUGCUUCCACUUAGCUCCUCAGUACAUCCUACUUGGAGUGGCUGAAGCCUUGGUAACUCCCUCCUGUUCCUUACUUGCAUUCCGGCUUGUGCCAGAAAGAAUUAGAGGGAUUUCCAUGCAUUUUUUAACUCUCUUUAAUGGAGCUGGCUGCUUUAUGGGAGCUUUCUUUGUUCACACAGCCCACGCAGGCACUCAAGGCAACUGGUUUCCACACUUGCUGCAUGAAGGUAAAUUGGAGAGAUUCUUCUUCUUCUUGGCUUCCUUAAUGAUGGUGAACACCCUGGGGUUCUGGACCAUUGCACACAGAUACAACAAUCUGAAUCAGGAAUACACCAAUGAAUUCAGAGGAAGUCUUCCUGAAGAAAAACUUUUGAAGCAUGAAAAAGCCAUCAAGCAUUAUGAUGCUGUCCUGUAAAGUUCUCCCAUUUUGUCUCCUAUGGAGAAAACCUGAUAAAAUUUCACCCUUGUUUGACUAAAUUUUGUUUGUGCUGCCAACCAGCUUUCUAAUGAUAAAUUACCUAGUUCGCUUAAGUGGGAUUGCCAAUGUAUUUAUGAAUUAUCUAAGGAAUAAUAAUGUUAUUUAUAAAUUUACAAAAUAGUAGUUGUCAUAGGGUUUGGCCUUGUAGGAUGCUGC